AUGUCUGUCAUAGAGGAGCGAGGACUGCUUGAAAUAAAUCUACAUUCCUAUUUUCCACACGCCAAUCCUGUUUCCGAUUUGGUGUUCGAUGCGCUGGCCGUGAAGCUGCGCGCCGAGAAGAGGGCCGUCUGCGAGAGUCUCGACGAGGCCACCGCCUAUGCCACCUUCUACGCCAACGCCUCGAGUCGAGCUCGCAUUCUGCCCUGGACACCGGAGUUGAGGCGUCUUGUGGAGACCGGUCGCGCAGCCGAUCUACUCGCCGCCUCGGACACCGCUGGACCGGGUGAUGGCGAAGCAGACGACCCAGCCGAGACGCCCCUCCUCGGCGACCAGUCGUCCGCGAGUGCCGCCAGCAGCAGCAGCGUCGUCGUCGUGGAAACCGGCCUUGAUGAUGGCGAUUUGGCAACUGGCGGCGACGGUAGUCAUCCGACGGGCGAAUGGCCGGUCGGCCAACCGCAGAGUCUCUGGCUGGCCGUCACCGCCGGACUCGUCUUGUCGGCCAGCGCUGGACUCCUCGGCGUCACUCUGCUCCUCUUCCGUCGUGUCGUCUACCAGCGCGCCAGACACACAGCCGUACCAGCCGACAGCAGCGCUGGCAUCGAGGUUGGCGUCGGUGUCGGCGUCGGCGUCGGCGUCGACGUUCGACUGCUCGAGCCGGACUCGGCCUCGCGCAUGCUUCGUCCCGAUGACGACCGACUCGCUUCGGCCAAUCUCGUCAUCGCUUCAGGGGACUCUCGGUCGACGGUACCAUUCAGCCCGGACGAC